UCCAAUGGUAGGGUAGUGUUGUAAAAUUUUUUAGAAAAUAUUUAUACAAACUUAUUUUUAAGAUGGGAUUCGAUGAGGGUCAGAUAAUUUUAGACAGUGAAAAUGGUGCUUAUUAUGCCGGCCAAACUGUUUAUGGGCGAUUGGUCUUCUCUCAGGAUAAAGUAAAAACUAUUCAUGGGAUCUAUGUGGAUAUGAAAGGUUUCUGCAAAGUCCACUGGUCGACAGAGCACUCUCGGAGAGUAAAUGAUCGAACUGAGUUCUACUCAGUGGACCAUGAUUCACAUGAAGAAUAUUUCAAAAGCAAAAGAUUCUUGAUUGGCAGUGAAAAUGCUGAACACCACCUUCAGCCAGGUAACCAUGAGUUUAGGUUCGACUGCCCUAUACCGAUCAACUGCCCCUCAUCCUUCGAAGGCAGCCAUGGCCACAUCAGAUACAGAAUCAAAGUGGUCAUGGUGACCAAAGGGAUGUUCUCCUUCAACAAGGACAAAAUGGUGCCCAUCAAAGUUCACGCUCCGUUGGACUUGAACAUGAAUCCUUAUUGUAGGGAACCGAUGGAGUUUGACCUGUCGACAUCGUACUGCUGUUGGUGUGUGAGUGCUGGUCACUCCGAAAUUUUUGUGAAGAUGCCAGUCGGCGGGUACGUUCCCGGACAGAUCAUACCCAUGGAGGUAUCUUGCAAGAACGAGAGUAACGUCGAGAUUGAAGAGAUUAAGUUCGCUAUUAAAAAGGACGUUCAAUACAUUGCCGAGUCCGCGCCGGGGACCCGCAUCGAGCAGGACACGGUGGCCGAGCUUAAAAAGGGCCCUAUCCCUGGCCGCACUACUCGCAACUGGACGGUAGAGAUGGAAGUGCCAACAAUGGACAUAUACAACGUGGCCGCCUGUCGGUUCAUUAAUAUCGAUUAUAAAUUCAAGGUGUCGACAGAAGUGAGUGGAUGCCACGAUGGUACCGAAGAUGUCCGACCUAUAAUAUUCGGCACUGUCCCGGUACAAGGUUUCCAAGAUAACGUGCAGAACCCACUUCAAGACCAAUUGCCACAAGUCAAUAUUCAAAACGUACAGAAUACUUACCCUCCCCCACCCAUCAUGAAUCAACCACUACCAAAUUCGCCUUACGCCAAUGGAGCUCCCAACGUCUACCCAAAUAAUUCACCUUAUCCUGGUGCUCCUGGCUACCCUACUACCCCUGUUAUGGGUGGAAGAACAUCUCCCUACCCUGGAAAUCAACCAAAUGUAACUCCAUACCCACCCAAUCAACCUUACCCUGGAGCUUCGCCUUACCCUGGAGGACCGUCACCUUACCCUGGAGGCCCGUCGCCAUACCCAGGAGGACCGUCACCGUACCCUAGUAACACUCCUUACUCCACGGACAAUAGCCCAUACGGAGGAAACCAAGGUCCUGCGCCGCCGUACCCGGGAGUGCCGGGCGCUGCGCCCCCAUACCCUGGCGUACCGAACACUUCGCCCCCUUACCCUAACGUAACAACAACGACUUUGGUGAAAACUGGUAACAUAGGAUUCACUGCAGACAAUGUUGGGGACCCCGCUGCCAUACCGCUGUUACCCCAAGGAGCCAAUGUGCCUUAUCCCACUAGCCCACCGUCGAAUCCGUAUGCGACUGCGUCGGCGCCUGUGCCCUCGACACCCGGUACAGAUGAAAAAAAACCACCAUUGGCUGUGCCAGAAGAUAGUGCCGCCGUUCCGCCAUAUAAUCCAGAGUUUAUGAAGGAAAAUGAGAAAAAAGAUGAGAAAGUUGAGAAACCAAACUAAAUGACACCCGAACUACCUCAAACGCUACUGGACAGUAAGAAUCGUUGGUGCCUUGAUAUACUGGUCAGUGGAUUUUAUAUUUAAUAACUGUAUUUGAAUUUAAGUCUUAUAUUAUAAUCUUGGAAAUUAAGUUCAAAUGAAGAAUUUGGCACCUUACAAGCUGCCUUAUGUAGCCUUUAGUACACAAUAAGAUGUUAUUAUGUACAUGUUAAUUCGUCUAUUAAAUAAACUUAGCUUUACGUAAUUAUACAAAAAAGUCGUCACACACAAAAAAGUAAAAGAAUGUGUAGCCCUCUAGUGGAUUGAUAUGAUAGAAUGUUUAUGAUCUCGCUUUUAACCUAGAGGUAAAGUGAAGCGUUAAAAAUGCUAAAUAAUAAUAUGAAAGAUGGUUACCAAGAGUUAAAUGAAUAUAGAAUCCAAUAAGAAACGUAACAAAAU